AUGACUUGUGGAUCUUACUGUGCUGGCCCUGCCUUCAGCUGCAUGUCGGCCUGCGGGCCCCGGCCCGGCCGCUGCUGCAUCACCGCCGCCCCCUACCGCGGCGUCUCCUGCUACCGCGGCCUCACCGGGGGCUUCGGCAGCCGCAGCGUCUGCGGCGGCUUCCGCGCCGGCUCCUGCGGCCGCAGCUUCGGCUACCGCUCCGGCGGCGUGUGCGGGCCCAGCCCGCCCUGCAUCACCAGCGUGUCGGUCAACGAGAGCCUCCUCACGCCCCUCAACCUGGAGAUCGACCCCAAUGCGCAGUACGUGAAGCACGAGGAGAAGGAGCAGAUCAAGGGCCUCAACAGCAGGUUCGCUGCCUUCAUCGACAAGGUGCGUUUCCUGGAGCAGCAGAACAAGCUGCUGGAGACCAAGUGGCAGUUCUACCAGAACCGCAAGUGCUGCGAGAGCAACCUGGAGCCCCUGUUCGAGGGCUACAUCGAGACGCUGAGGAGGGAGGCCGAGUGCGUGGAGGCCGACAGCGGGAGGCUGGCCUCGGAGCUCAACCACGUGCAGGAGGUGCUGGAGGGCUACAAGAAGAAGUGA